AUGAAAGAAGGAGGUACCAAACGCUUGCUCUACAACUAUUCCGCAGGUUUCUUCCAACAGAAGGACAACCGAACAUUGUCAACUGUACAGGGUGUGGUGAAAAUGUGGCGGAUUUCGAACAUAUCUGUGCUCACUGUAACGCAAAGGGCGGUUUGGAAUCAACGAUCGCAUGCGGUCGCAGCAGCGAAACUUAUCGACUGCGCCAUACCUAGGAUACACUGCACGUCGAAAUCGCCGUCGUAUAGUCAGGCGCAUAGACAACUGCUAUGA